ACCGAAAGUAGGUCAGGAUAGUAGAUUGAUAUAUCCAUAUGCAAGCUUUUACUGGAAAUUGCCCAUUCCUCCUAUUCAGGCUAACUUGAACUUUAUUUUGUCCAUGCACCGUGUCAAAAUCUCUCUGCUUGGUCCCUAA